ACAAAACAACAGAUCUAGAGGAGCAACUACAGGGGAGAACAAGUCACGUAAAAAAUAUGGCGUCCGAAGAAAAAGAAGAAAAAGAUCGCGAUGAUGACUACCAAAGCGUUCUCCCCAAAUACGGCUGGCGAGUUCAUCUAAGUAAUACCUAUUCUCACACUCCCCAGGCCUGUUAUCUUCCUCGAUGGACUCAAAUACCAAAACUAGUUGGACUCGGAUGGAGGUUUAUGAAGUAUGCUACUAAGAAGAAAAGAAACGGUGAAGUGCCUUACAUCGAUCCUUACUCAACAAAUCCCUGUCGACAGGUUUACGGAGUACCCCUCGGAGGUAUAGGGUGUGGCACAAUAGGGCGUGGAUGGAAAGGAGAGUUUAAUAGAUGGCAACUGAAGCCAGGAAUGUACUCGUACGAUUACGUAGAAGCUAACCAGUUUACAGUUUGUGUACGAAAGAAGGGAAGAACCACAUAUCAGGUCAGUAAAAUUUGAAAAUAAUGGAAUUUGGAACUUAUAGUCAUUUCAGUGAUUGAAAGCUAGCGUAAAAAAUACUGCUUCUCUGCUUUCCCAAAUGAAUUACCCCUCGAUCCUCUUUCUAAAAAAUCCUUUUAGACAGAGUGUAAUGCUUGCACAUUACAGACCAGAUGUCAUUCCUUUUGUUUGAGUUGUAUCAAUAUU